CUCAGGGCACAACUACCGAUAUCACACCUAUCCUAUACAGCGCGUCAAAAACAAAUUACCCAGAAUUUUUAUUUCCGCCAUAUCUGAUGCGUUGAUUUAAGCAAAAAACCAGUUCUUUGGAGAUAUCAUAUGAGGGAAAGAGCUUCAAACGGAACAUUUUUAAUUCAGUUUCCAAAACCGCAGCAUAGCUAGGCGAGACACAAGUUUCAACGAAACAUAGGCGAUGGACUAGUUCGUUUCUCGGAAUAGUUAGCUCGUUUCUCCUAGCCUCGGGAGUCCUUAGGUAUGAUUAUCCUGUUUAAGAUCGCGAUUAACAAUUAACUAACAUUUGCUCUUAAAUCAUUUUAUUUCAUUCUUUACUUGCGUAUUUACAAAGUGCGCAUAUAAAAUACACAAAAUAAACUAAGAAAAGUAAACCUAAUAACUAACAGUCCGCAUAAGAAAAUGGUUAAGCAAAAGAAAGUAUUUUACAAUCUUCUGGACGUGUAAAAGUUUCUUAUAGUAUUGAUUUUGGGUUUGAUAAGCAAUGAUUUUCUUGAUCAUUUUACAAAUUAUGUUUGAACUUUAAACUGAGUUGCAUUAAAAAUAACACACAAUAUUAAUAAUAUUUUUCUAACGUUUAAUGAUCCUAUUAUACGUUUCUGUCUGUUAAUGUACAUCAGGAUUUGGAUUAUUUCAAGGAGUUAGGAUAGAUAUUUACACUUAAACUAAUGUCAUGAAACAGACUGUAAUAUAAUUGUAUUUUUCGCAGUGCAGUAUGUGACACGGUCAUUUUCCUAUUCUUGGGAAUGGUUCUCGUGGACGAUCAACACGUCUGGCACACAGGAUUCGUUCUGUGGUCGGCAGGUCUCUGCUUAAUCGUCCGAUUCGCGAGUGUUUUUCUAUUGACGUAUUGUGCGAAUAAACUGGAGAGAACUCAUCGCAUCAAUGAAGAGGAACAGUUUAUAAUGGCAUAUGGAGGUCUGAGAGGAGCUGUAGCUUUUUCUUUGGUUAUUAUGCUUGACGAUAUAGAACAUAAAAAUCUUUUCACAACAGCCACCCUGUUUAUCAUCCUUUUCACAGUUUUCAUUCAGGGAGCUACCAUCAAACCUUUGGUGGAUUUAUUGAAGAUACGAAGACAGGCUACGAAAAUUCAUAGCAGUUUGUUUACGGAAGUCAACAAAAAGUUGCUGGAUCACGUCAUGGCAGGAGUUGAAGAAGUUACAGGCGACCAUGGAGGAAAUUAUUGGAAGCAAUUGCUGUUCUACUAUAACAGCAAGUACCUAAAGAAAUGGCUGCAGUGCAAGACUACGGAGAGUAACCUUACCCGUGUAUAUACUAGGAUGAUGCUGGA